AUGAUGUGGCACCUCGUGUUCUUCCUUGGGGCUUACCUGGAGGCUCGAAUGUUAGAGCGCGAAGGGAGCAGAUGCCCUUUGCGAGGUUGGUCCACAAGCUAUUUGACGAGCCUCACUCAAAAGCGUAUCCUGCUUUGGGGAGCAGACCAGCCUGCUGCCACUUUCGAUGCGCAGGCGGCGUACAAGCGCUGUGCCCGCCUACUUUUGGUCUGCAGCAGCCAAGAUGUGAUCCAGGACGUUGUUGCACAAGUGGCAAGUGAGGAGCCCACAGCAGGAGUUUGUCCUCCUCUUGCAACUCCUCUGGCAAUCGGCACUGCAGGUUCCGUUACCAACGCCUCCUUCGUACUGGAGCUUACCGGUAGAUAUCAGGAUAUUGGUGGGGCGCCAGAUAUCGUCUGGAAUUAUGUCUAG